GUAUGUGGUACCCUUCACAAGAUGUCUGGAUUUAGCCAUUUUUUUCUGAGCUUCUGUAUUCUAGGAUAUACUUUCUGCAGUUCCACAGCUUGGCAUGUAUAUAUGCCAAGCAAUAUCAGAGGAUUGGUGGGUUCCUGCCUAUUAAUCCCUUGCACCUUCGACUACUAUCAGAAUCCACCUCGCAGACCAGAUCGUGUGGCUUGGUACCAGUAUGCGAGCCACUCAUAUCCUGUAGUUUGUAAAGAUUGGGACAAGAGUGAUGAAAUUUAUGAAUUUCAAGGUCAAACAUCGACACCUAAUUCUAGAUAUGGGAGAAAGUGUGACCUUUUAAUCAAGCCAGUGACAUGGGCUCACCACAGACAGAAGAUUUACCCCUGGGUAGAUCCAGACUAUAUUGGGAAAUACACCCAUGCAUUCUGGCAUAAAACUGUAACGAUUGAAGUAGUUGACAGGGCAGAGGAACCUCAUAUUACGAUCUAUGGAGACAGGAAGGUUGGACAGUCUGUGACAGUGAAAUGCACCGCUUCCCACACCUGUUCGAUAUAUCCACCGGAUCUGAGUCUCAACAUCCCACUGCAAAGCCACAGUCUAACUCAUAGCUCGAGGUCUGAUGGCACAACCGAAACCACCUUGACGACCACAUUAAACAUAGAGAGAGACCACCAAACUGUACAGUGCUCCGUCCGACACAAGAGUGGUCACACUGUAUCAGCCACUCAAACCUUAAAUGCAGAAUGCUCCUUUUCAGGGUUGACUAUCAGCCGUACAUCAGACGAUUUUCUUGAGGGACAGGCAAGCAAAGUAACCUGCACUGCCUCAUACACAUGCUCCAAACAUAUACCAACCCUGACAUGGAACUAUGGUAGCAUGCCAGCCUCCACUGAUACCAGCAACAGUGGAAGCACUAGUUGGAGGACUGUCUCCACACUGACAUUCACAGCAUCAGCUAACGACCAUGGACAAUCUCUGACAUGCUAUGCACGAUUCACUGGAGGAGGGACGCAGGAUAAGAGCAUCACCCUCCAAGUAAAGAGAAACAUGCUGUCUCGCGGCUGGUCCUUCACCACCCCCCGCAGCAUCACAGGCAUGAGAGGCUCAUGUAUCAUCAUUCCUUGCACAUUCACCUACAGUAAUUCUCAGCCUGCUGACCUCCGAGUGAUAUGGUACUUGUUCCAGAGCAAUGGGUACUCCCCUGUAUUUGAUGAGCGACAGAAUAUUAUGAGUAAGUUUAACGGGAUAACCAGCUUGAUUGGAUCUGUGGGGGAGAGGAAUUGUAGUCUUAAGAUCGAGAGACUGGAGAUGUCACAUAACCAGGACAGACUUUACCCAUGGGUGGACAAGCACCCUAUCACCUCCUACCAAAGCCUGGGCCCCACAUUUUAUGACAAAACAUCUCAACUUAUUGUUUCAGACCAAGCACAGGAACCACAGGUGAGCAUCAUAGGUAUCCCCAGGGUGGGAGAGGAGAGCACAGUGUCCUGCAAUGUGCGCCACACAUGUAUCUCUGCUCCCCCCACCCUGACCAUAAGUGGUAUACCUGGAAAAGAUCUCAUUACGGACACUUUGGUAUCUGAUGGGAUUUGGGAAAGGACAGUAGAGAGAACCUGGGCUGUAAAAGAAGAGGACCAGAGUGUGAAGUGUACUGUUAGCUACAGUGGGGGUCAGAAAACAAGUGAGAUCAAGCUGAAUGUUGAAUGUCCACAUGAUGACAUCACAAUGACUGAGCGGCCUGGCGAUGCAACAGAGGGUGUGGCAAAGAGUGUCAUUUGUUCUGUUUCCUACAAAUGUAAGAAAAAUAAACCAACCAUUGUGUGGAACUACGAAGACAUGCAGAGUUCGUUAAAAACCAAAGCGAACUCCAGCAAUACCUUUAUCACAGUGUCAAAUCUAACCUUUAUUGGCUCUCUUGAGGAUGACGGUAAAUCUUUGACCUGCACUGCUCAGUUUGUUACUGGCGAGACCUCAGACUCUGAAACCCUUCAUAUAAAAAAAUAUGUGAGAGAUCCAUAUGAAAAUGACACGUUCCAUGAUCAGGCUGCUGACGUCCCUUUCAGAUUCAGCGCCCUGACCGGUUCCUGUGUGGUGAUUCCCUGCAGCAUCCCAUACAAGGAAGAUGAGCCUUUCACGCGCGGCAUCUGGUCCAAAAGAAAUAAUGAUAUCAUCUACCAUAAUGGCCAGAGCUUUGUGGUUGACCAUUUCAAGGGCCGCACCAGAAUGUUAGGAGAUCUGAAUGAGGGAAACUGCUCAUUAGAGAUUGAUGACAUCAAACCCUUUGACAAUGGGCCCUUCUGUUUCCAUGCAGAGAGAGCUAACAUGGAAAGAUACAGAUUCAACAAUAGCUGCGUAUUUAUUGUUAUGAAAGCGUCCCCAGAAAAACCAGUGAUGACCUCAGUUCCAGCAGAAGUCGAUGCUGGCUCAACGAUUACUGUCUCGUGUUCUGUGACGCACACAUGUCCGUCACAUCCUCCAGUGUUCUCAUGGAGUGUCUCUCCCCUCACCAGUGAGGUCACGCACACCUGGACGCCGCAGGGCAUCUGGGAGACGACCUCCACCAUCACGUUCAUGGCUGCUGGAGGAGACGGGGUCAAAAGGCUAACCUGUACUGCCAUCUCCUGGCUCGGCAAACAACGAACCAGCACAGUCCAGAUGACUGUGAAGGGAUCAAGCUCUCGGUCAGUAGCCAUUGCAGUGUCAACUCUAGUCCUGGUUGUAAUCAUCCUAGCUGCAGUGUUUGGAGUGGUCUUCUAUAGGAGGAGGAAGUGCUCUGACGACCAGCUUAGACCACCACCUCGUCCAGAGAAAAGGAGAUCACUGUGGGAUAGAUUAUCCAGGAGAAACCCUGAAGACAGGGAAAGACCUCCAAGACCAGAGAAACGGGGGUCCAUUUGGAAUCGAUUCUCCCGAAACCAAGGCAAUGCUGCAAACAUCAGUGUUGGCUAUUCACGCGACACCACCACUGUAAACUGUGACACUCAAAUCUCCAAACAACGCUUUCCAUCCCCAAAGGAUCACCGGAGAGCUCCUCGCUCCGUCAGGCCUGAGGUCAGUAGUGCUGUGGUGAUGUGGUAAUGUAAUGCCCAAACCACAUGUAAAUCAAAGACUUUUGCCUCUGCUUAUUUCCUGUUUCCCAGCUAACUAUUCAACCAUCCAACCAAUCAUCCCAUCACAUAUUUUUGAACAAUCUGCACCUUUCUAUGAAACAAUUUUUAAAUUAUAAAAAAAAAGGGAAAUGAUGUCACAGCUGGUGUUGUUAUUCCUGUCCCGGUGGUUAUUUCCAUGUAGAUUCUCCUUCACUCGAGUCAUUGUAUAUCUGGAAGUACUAAGUUAUAAACAACUAUAGCUUUAGAUUCUUGAAGACAUUUUACCUCUCAACCCAAAAAUACUGAAAAGUGUUUGUUGGAUGGUUGAACGUCUGAAACCCCCUCCCCCCACAUCUUUCCGAUAUGUCACAAUAUGGGAGGCAGCAUCUUACAGUUUUUGUAACUUUCCCUUUGGAUAAGAGGCAAGAAUCUAAAGCAAGUCAGUUAGACUUAGCGCCUUUAGUCCCUAAGUGGAGUUUGUGUCACAGCCUGUCCCUCCUCUUCAGCCACAUUCCCUACUCCCCAGGCCCCUUCAAUGCCAUUUUCCAACUAUCCACCAGAUGUCCUCGGACGUUCUUUCCUUUCCCCAACACCUAACUGUCCCAGCCAUCUCCACACCUGUUCCCACCCACUCUGCUGCUCUGCCUGGCUUUCCACGCCCACCUCCUCACCUGCACCUCAUUCCCUCAUCAGCCUUUGUUCCUCGGUCAGUUCAUCAAUGUGGUAAUGUGGUUUUCGGUCAUCGCUUUCCAGCCUCUGUUGCCUGCUGGCCUGAUCAGCUGCCUAAUUUGGACUCCUGUCUAUCUUUACCCUCGUUUCAACAAUAAAUCUGUGAAAUCAUCCUGCUCUCUGACAGCUUGUCCAAUCCACAGUAUAGUUAAAAAAAAAUUGCAGCAAUGUACCAUGCUCAGUGAUCAAUAAAACAGGUUCUAACUGAAGGAAUGUUACCCUCUGCAUAUGAUAAACUAAGCUUCCUUGUUCUUCUUCUCCAAUGCAUUUGAAUGACAACCCUCCAACCAGUUUUUAGGUCAUGGGCCAGAGGGUGGAGGAUACUUGCCUCACCAGAAACAAAACUAUACA